AGUAAUUUGAGUUGUUAGAUCUUGUUGUCACGAAGUUACACGCGGUUACGCAGCAGGACUAGACGCCAUGCUGGAAGCAGCGGAUGUACGCUCGCAGUUCUAAGCUGGUGGCUCGCAAUCGACUUCGCAUGCGCGGCAGCGGCGGUUAAUGCGUCCCGUUCGAUGGUGAGCGACGAAGCGUACUUUCUUCCAUGAUUUCUUUGUAAUCCUAUGGUCCAUUCGUCUUCGCGGCCUCUUGUUUAUAAACUGCGCCAACGAGGUGGUGUAUAAUCCGCGUGGUAAUGGUAUCUGCGCACGCUCCGCAUUGGGGGGUGUCGCAGUCUUGUCGGCGACACACAAAUGAUGCGAAGCUGAACCUCGCCUUGAAACAGCUAUAACAUAUAUAAGUCAGUAUCAUAGCAGAUCCCGUACUAACAUCCUCGUUCCCCUUGAACUUAAACUCCAAGUUUUCGUAGGCAUGUCGAAUACGAACAAGCCUAAUCCCACGAGUCCCACCCCGUCUUCAUCUACUGUCUCGCUCAUUCCAUCGCAUCAGAAGCGUGCACAAGACACCGCUUCCACAGGACAGAAGGAUUACGCCGCCGCAUUCGGCCAGUUGUCCUCAACCUACGGCUAUGGCUCUCCAACGCCUCAGACUACCAUUCCUACCUCCUACCAGCGCAGCCCGGGAUCUGUGUCCAACACCACAUCGCCUCAAGCGUCUACGACUGACUCCAAAUCUAAGGCGGAACGCAAGUCCCUUUCCAGUCGCAUUCUAAAGUCGCUUUCCCGGUCGUCGUCAAACCAAGCCAAGGCGGCGCAUCGUGCUCAGUCGAGCGAUUCGGCUGGAGAAGCCUCUGGCUCUGCUGGGGGAAACGCAACCAGCACGGCGGCGGCGGCCGCCGCCCCGUCAAGUUCCGGCGAUCAGAGGGCGGACAGCGGGGUGAAAGGCACGGAGAAACAGGAUGACGCAGCCACACGCAAGUCACCUUGA